ACUGCGCGCGCGGCGCACGUUGCUGGCUGAGGAAUACUACGCCAAUAAUUUGAAGUUCGAAUUCCUUCGAUAAGUCAAGAUUUUCUUCAUUACUGUGACUGAAAGGUUCGAUGCGGUGGAACAAUGCCGGCCCAACGCCAGCAGCUGCAGCUAUGAGCGCGCGCGGAGCCGAGGGCGCGGGCGGGCCACCGAUGCCCCCACCGCCGGCCGUCUACCAGAUGCCGCCUCCGCCGCACUGCCCGCCCGGGCCGCCGGCCGGCUACCACCCGGGCAGCCAGGACGACGCGCGCGUGGCGUACAUGUACCAGCGCAGCCACGACCCCGAGUACCAGGCGGGCGUGAUGCGCUGGAGCACUGGAGACGACUCGGCCAUCGGGGCGCGGGGACUGUAUGACCACCAUCGGGGCGCGUCAAUGCCGCCUCCGGAGCCGGGCAUCGGCGACCACCAGAUGAAGAUUGCGCCGACGGCCAAGAAGCUCUGGGGCGUCGACGAUCACGCGAAGGAGGACAAGGGCAUCUUCAACAUUGGGGAGCAGACGUGGAGAGAACCGUGGAGCACGGGACACCCGCCCAACCCUGAACAUAGCAUGAACCAGCCGCUGGGUCUGGUACAGCGGCGGAGCGGCAGUUUUCCUGGCGGCGAGGUGGGCGGCGGCAGCGGCGGCGGCGGGGGCGGCAGCAACGCGCCCGGCGGCGGCGGCGGCGGCGGAGGCGUGCUCUCCCCGAGGUCGGAGAGCGGCGGACUCGGGGUGAAGAUGGUGGAGUACCUGCUGAGCAGCUCACCCACCGCGGCGCCGGGAGAUAACAACCAGCUGGAGGCGCGCAUGCGCGGAAUGGCGCUAGUGUCGGCGCCCGAGGCGGAGGAGAAGGACAAGGCGCCGUCGCCGUUCGACGCUCAGCCCGAGGACGCCGCGCCCGUGGCGCCGCCCAACGGACUCGUCCAGAACGGACUCGACGACGACUCGAAGGCGUUCAACCGGACGCCGGGCAGCCGGCAGCCGAGCCCGGCCGAGGAGCCGCAGCAGGGCGGCGGCGAGGUGGCGCCGCCGCCCCAGCCGCCCGGCAUGGCCCUCGACGCCGCUCACUUUGGCUCUGUGAUGAUGGCCGCGCCCAACGGCGGCAUGGGGUUCGGCGUGCCGCCGGCGACGGCAGCCGCGCUGCAGCCGCACCUGGGCCACGCGCCGCCCCACCCGGCCGACUCGUUUGGAAUGAUGCACGGCGGAGUGGAGCCGCAGCCGCCGCCGCAUCACCAGCCGCACCAUCAGCCCCAUCACCAGCCGCACCACCAGCCGCCGCACCACCAGCAUCAGCAGCACCACCCGGCGCUGCAUCACCAACAACACCAUCCGCAUCACCACCACCAACAGCAGCAACAGCCGCAGCAGCAGCAGGCGCCGCCGCCCCCGCCGCCUCAGCAGCAGCAGCAGCAACAGCCGCCGCAGCAGCCUCAGCAACAACAGCCGCAGCAGCAGCAACAGCAGCAGCCGUUCGACCAGCAGCGUUUUAUGAACAAUGGCGGUCUGCAGCUGUUAACCCAGCAGCAGUACCUGGCCGCUCAGCAGCAGGGACAGCUGCCAGCAGGUCUGCCCGGUCCCGGCUUCGGUCUGCCCUACAUACCUAACGGCCAGGAGCAGUACUUUAUCGCCGGUCCGGCCGUGUUCCCGGGACCCUACUAUGGCCUGCCGUACGUGUAUCCGGCCAGCAUGCUGCAGCCGGGCCAGGCGGCGGCGGCCGGCGCGCGGCCCGGUCGGCCCGUCACCCCCGGCGGCUCCGGCUCAGUGGAGGCCGCUGGCGGAGCGCCGCCCUCGGCCGCCGCAGCCGGAGCCGUGCCCUACAUGAUCCCUGCGGCCAUCUACGACCAGAACGGUCUGGUGGUGAGCGGACUGCGCGGAGUCGGCAACGGCGGCCCCGUACGACUCGUCUCCCCGGCGCCGGUCAUCAUCAACUCGGGAGGUGCGCCGGGCCCGCUCGGCAACGGCCUGCGGAUGCUGGGCAGCCAGGGGCCGCAGAUCGGCACACCGCCGUCCGUGUUCAACGGCAGCGCGCCCAACUUUGCCGUGUCUUCAGCGGCCGCCACCGGCGCAGAUACUCUAACGAACGGCUCCGUGUCAUCGUUCGGUCAGCUGGGCCUGCAGCCGAGCAGCUACGGCGGCUCGUCGCUGGCCGGCCUGGGCGCCGCCGGCUCAGCCAGUCAGAUGAGCACGAGUGUCGCCUCGCGCCGGGACUCGUUCGACCGCGGCUCGUCGGCCUUCUCACCGACAGUCGACUUCAAGCCGCCGCGCUGGCCGAGCAGUUACGGCGCGCUCGGCUCGGCCUCCUCGUCCGGCCUGGGGCUGGCGUCGAGCAGCCUGACGCCGCCGCCCAGCCUCAACUCGAACUCACUGCCGCUGGGCCCGCUGGUCGGAGGUCUGGGCGGCAGUAUGCUGUCGGCGGCGCCGGGCGCCGAAGGUCGUCACCGCACCAGUCUGUCGGCGGGCGUGUUCGCUGGCGCAGGGGGAGGAGGCAGCUCACUGUUCCCUCCGCGGCGAGGUAGCAGUGUGGAUCGCUCCUCAGCAGGACGCAGCAAACUGCUGGAGGAUUUCCGGAACAACCGCUACCCGAACCUGCAGCUCCGGGACCUUCAGCAGCACUUUAAGGAGUUCUCACAGGACCAGCAUGGCUCGCGGUUUAUUCAGCAGAAGUUAGAGCGGGCCACUCUAGCAGAGAAGCAGCUGGUGUUCGGUGAAAUCCUCAGUGCGUCCUACGGCCUGAUGACGGACGUAUUCGGAAACUACGUCAUCCAGAAGUUCUUUGAGUUCGGCACGCCGGAGCAGAAGACGACUCUGGUACAGAGGAUCACGGGCCACGUGUUGUCGUUGGCGACACAAAUGUACGGCUGCCGCGUCAUACAGAAGGCACUCGAGUCCGUCUCAGUGGAGGAGCAGAAGGAGUUAGUGCGCGAGCUCGACGGCCACGUCCUCAAGUGCGUCAAAGACCAAAACGGCAACCACGUCGUACAAAAGUGCAUCGAGUGCAUCGAGCCUCUGUCUCUACAGUUCAUCGUGGACGCGUUCCGGGGCCAGGUCCUGGCGCUGUCCACCCACCCGUACGGCUGCCGCGUGAUCCAGAGGAUCCUGGAGCACUGUCAGCCGGAACAGACGCGGCCGCUGCUCGACGAGCUGCACCAGAGCACCGAGCAACUACUGCAGGACCAGUACGGAAACUAUGUGGUACAGCACGUGGUCGAGCACGGCCCGCCGGAGGACCGCUCGCAGAUCAUCAAGGCUGUGCGCGGCAAGAUCGUUGUCCUGUCGCAGCACAAGUUUGCCAGCAACGUCAUCGAGAAAUGUGUCAUGUUCGGCACUCGGCAGGAGCGCUCACAGCUCAUCGAGGAGGUCUGCUCCUUCAAUGACGCAACGAUGCUGGCGCUACUGAAGGAUCAGUUCGGCAACUACGUCAUACAGAAGAUGAUCGACGUGGCGGAACAUGCACAGAGGAAGGCGCUGCUUGGCAAACUGAGGCCGCACCUCAACAACCUGAAGCGGUACACGUUCGGUAAACACAUUCUGGCCAAACUGGAGAAGUACAUGGGCCGUCAGCCGGCCGCCGGCCAGGAGCUGGGUCCGAUCGGGCCACCGCAGCCGUCAGGGAAUGGUGUGCCGCCGGCCCACGUGCAGGCGCAGGGUCACGGCCUGUAGUGCGCGCCGGACGGCAGUGCAUGAGACUGGUCACAGCCCACUGACGGGACGGAUGGUCUGACUCGACGGCCGCGCCCGAUCGACGGUCGACGCCGGACGGUGACUGUCCGACCGGGAUGCUGGUGGUGUGGCAUCGCCUGCCGCCGCAGGAGCAAGCUGAGGGUAUCGAGCCACCCGCGGCCGUCGCGCCGCGGCAGUGACACUCCAAGACGACACCGCCGCCGCGUCCCGCUGACCAGACUGAGGCGACCUUCGCGGCGAGGCUGGAAUGUCGCCGAGGUACGCCCGGCGCGCCCGACCGGCUCGGUCGCGUGAGAAGACGCCCCUCGACGCGUGAUGUGUCUGACUUGCCACAGCGGCCCAUCGACCCACUGCCACCGCCGCCGCCGCCGCCGCCGCCGUCCGGGCUGCCUCGACCGUCCGCGCACCGCUUCAUUUGUACAUACAGCAUUCAGGGUCCAAGACGUGUGUUCUGUGUACAUUUUCGCGCACGAUAAAUCCGCGUUCGGCGCUCGGCGGCAUCGGCUGCGGCUGUGACUCCCGUGCCAAGAGGCAGGACCGGCCGGCCCGCCGACGCGCCGACGCUUCUCAAUGACUGAAGGAAGAGAGAGAGAGAGAGAUGGAGAGCGAGGUCCGGGUUGCGGCGGUGGUGGCGGCGGUGGCGGACGAGGCAGUGGCGGCGGUGGGCACGACGCUAUAAAGUGCGGUGACAAUGGAGGAAUAAUGAGCUACCGGCGGCGACUGGCGCGCGCCGCUGCCACCUCUAUCUCUGUCUGCGUCUCUCCUGUCUCUUGUUUGACUCUGUUUUCUCUAUGCGUUUAUGUACAGCAUGACACGCGUCAUCUACUGUCUGUCACUGUAGAUAUGUCCAAAGGAUUCUGUAGAUAGCCAUCCCCGGAGCCGUCUCCAUCUUGUAAAAAUCAUCUGUACAGGAAACUCUUUAUUUUGAUACAAAACCACUAGGAGAGCGUUUUUGUUUUUACUUUGUGUGUUGCGCGCCGGGCCCACUAACUAUUGUUUUCUCCUGAUGGUCUGACGACGAUGGACCGCACGCCUAGUUAAGUAGACCGCCUGGCUGCGUGCCGGCUCUCAGAAACUGGCUUCAGCGCGGCCGCUGAGGGCAUUACCGCUGUCCGCCCCCGCCCCCGCCCGUACCGUCUCGGUCAGUAGCCGGUCGCCCGUUUUAAAGGUGACGAUGUGGCGGGUCGCCCCUGCCCUCCCCGCCCGCCCCGGAUCGCCGGCCGGGCUGACCUCUCGUGGUCGUCCGACCCCGCCUCUGCCACCCGUCUCACUCUGUGCACGCUGACGCGCGCGUCCCAGGCCGGCGGCGGUGGCCAGUCGGCUGGCGAUUCCCGUGCCCCUCUCCCUCCCCCCCCCCCCCUCCCCUGACCCCACGCUGUAUGCUACACCGACUUCGAAGCCGUCGGCUGUAUUAUAUGACUGUAAAAUACUGUACUGUAGUCAAUAAUACAUUUUCUGUAACGACGGA